AGGCGAACCUGCUCUUUGUUAUGGCGGGGAGAGAGAGAAGGCCGACGGAAAGAUUUGGUGCGAUUGGCAGGUGCAGUGGUCACCCCUGGGCCACUUCUUGGCAACUUUCCACAAACAAGGCGUGGCUCUUUGGGCUGGCCCGGAGUUCACGAAGAAGAUCCGCCUCGCCCACAACGGUGUGAAAUACCUGGAGUUCUCCCCGACAGAGGAGUAUGCAUUGACCUGGAAUGGCAGCUCCGCAUUGGAUGCGGAUUCCCAAGCAGUGCGCAUACACCGCGUGUUGACGGGAGAAUGUGUUCACAAAUGCCGCACUCCAACUGUGGCACCAUUAGGGGGUGACUUCCCGCAUUUCCUGUGGAGCCAUGAUGGCAAGUACUUUGCAGAAUGCAAUGAGUCUGCUAUCUCAGUGCGUGAGACUGAUACCUUUCAGCUGAUUACAGAUGAGGAUGGGAAGAAGAAGACUCUCAAGUUCCCAGACCUCAGCACAUUUCAGUGGUCUCCCAAGGACAAUUUGCUCAGCGUUUGGUGUCUGGAGCGGGAAAACAACCCAGCAAGGUUGGUCUUGAUCGAGAUCCCAUCUCGCCGCGAACUGGCAUCGAGAUCAAGGACACAGGUGGAGGCAUCAAUGCACUGGCAGUCCGAGGGAGACUACUUAUGCCUCAUCAACACCAAGCUCAGCAAAACCAAAAAGAAAGGCGCAACAAACCUGGAAAUCUUCCGUAUCCGAGAGAAGAACAUCCCAGUGGACAUCGUUGAGGUCAAGGACUCUGUCCGCGGCUUCCACUGGGAGACAAAAGGGCACCGCUUCUCAUUGUUGACAAGCGACGAGUCCGGGCACCACCCGAAGAUGUUCAUCUAUGGCCUGAGCAAAGAGAAGUGUGAGGCGUUGAGCUUCUUCGAUUUGCCGUCCAACAGUUACAACAACUUUUUUUGGGCUCCAGAAGGUCAAUACUUUGUGUGUGCUGCUUUGGGCCAUGGCGAUCUUUUGUUUGGAGGCAUGACGAGUGAUAACAAGCUAGAAAUCUUGCACAAGGACGAGCACUUCAUGCUGACAGAUGUGCAAUGGGAUCCUUCUUCCAGGUAUGUGAUUACAGCUGUGACCCAACCCAUGCAGAAUGAGAUUGGAGGCUUCAAGUACAGUAUGGAAGCCGGCUUUGCGAUUUGGACAUUCCAGGGCCGCGUGCUUCACCGCCAGCAGAAGGAAAAACUUUGGCAAAUCGCCUGGAGGCCUCAUCCCCCAUGUUUGCUGCCACCGAAGAAGCAGGGGGAAAUCAGGAAAAAUGUUAGACAAUACUCUAAGAAGUACGACCACCUGGAUGACCAGGCUAAAGAAGCGGCCCGGAAGUCCUUCAAAGAUGAGCGAGAGUCAAAACUGCGGAAUUUUAAAGAGGUCUUGCAAAGACUGGACGAACACAAGUUCCGUCGCUCCGAGGAAAACGGAUGGGACCAGGCAGUGGAGAGGCACUUGGAGCAGCAAGGCUGGGAGCCGCUGCAGGUGGUGACCGAGGAGGUCAUGGAAGUAACUGAGGAGAAGAUCUGAGUGAAUUGGCUUUCCAUCCGCUUCAGUGUCACCACUCGAAGGAUCAGAUAAUCGAGGAGAAGCACUAGUAGCACUGGCGUGUUCAGUUUACUUACAUGCGC